AUGCAAUCUCAAUCAACACCUCCGGCCAUCCCUCCGGGCAGGACGUUCCUUCACACGGUGAUGGUGCUCAUCAGCUUGCACUGCACGCACUACCGUCAAGAUUCCCCCGUUUUGCCGGCUGACCCAGUCCUCUGGUUCGCCAACAUUGAGGCGCAGUUUGCACUCCGCGGUAUUACUGCCCAGUUGACGAAAUUCUAUCACGUCGUUGGUGCGCUCGGCCCAAACGAGGCUGCUGAGGUAUGGGACAUUAUCACCGUUCCCCCCACGGAGCGCCCAUACGGCGCCCUCCAAACUGCCCUGACCCGUCGUGCCGCAGCUUCUGAACAAGAGCGCCUCCGCCAGCUGCUCAUUGCUAAAGUCCUCGGCGACAGGAGACCCUCCCAACUCCUCCGUCUCAUGCAGCAACACUUGGGUGAUCGCGCUUCAGCUGUGGACGAAUCGAUUUUGCGCGAGCUGUUCUUACAGCGACUCCCGGACACCGUGCGCAUGAUCCUCACGACGUCCUCCACUGUGUCCCUGGAAGCCUUGGCGGAGAUGUCGGAUAAGAUCAUGGAUAUUGCUCCACCAGCCAUUUCUGUAGUAUCUUCAUCCACACCCCGUUACCCCCACCUUAGCUGA